UGAUGCUGCACUUUGUUGCCUUAGCUUGCAAUAGGCUGCCUAAAUGGAUACGAUGUUACUGGCCUCCGCCGUGGUCGUGUGGGAAUGGCUGAACGAGCACGGUCGCUGGCGGCCCUACAGCCCGGCUGUGUCUCACCAUAUCGAGGCAGUGAUACGAAGCGAUCCUCGGGGCGGCAGCGUCGUGCUAGGCCAAGUCGACAACCGCCUCUCGCCCUACAUCAUUGAUCUGCAUUCAAUGCAUCAGUUUAGACAGGACACAGGUACCUUGAGGCCGGUGCGGCGGAGCUUCUACGACCCCGGCUCGGCUCCAGGGCAGGGCUGGCUGUGGGAGUGGGAGAACGACACCGGUUCAUGGACGGCGUACGACAUGGAGGUGGGCAUCGCCCUCCAGGCCGCCUACGACCGGCAGCAGCCCUGGCUGGACCUGGCGCCGCUGGGCUUUUGCUACCUGGUGGACUUCCAGAGCAUGACCCAGAUCAACCGGCAGACGCAGCGACGCAGGCGUAUCCAGAGGCGGUCGGACAUGGCCUACCCCCUGGUUUCGGGGCCUCUGCCUAAAUCUACUCAGGGGUGGAACUCUGGGGCGGGGUCCGGAGGAGCUGCGAGCGGGGUCGGUUCGAGCGCGGGGUCGACGGGCGCCCUCCUGGGCGUCGGGGUGUCGGGUUCGAGCUCAAGCGGGAACGGGAGCGCGGUUUACCCCAGCGGGACUCUCUCGAUGUCGUCUCUCGCCCCGCUCGGGCAGCCUUGCGCCUGCCAGCAGUGCAUGUUGGUCAUGAGCGUGAAGGCUAACACCAUGGCGUCGCACACGCUCGGCCGUAAACCGCUGACUCCAAAACCGCAGAGCCCCAAAUCCAACUCGGGGGGUCAGCCCGGCUCCUCUUCCACGGCCCAGUCCGUAUCGAACUAUUCCCACACCCUGCCUCACGGCCUCUCUCUAUCUCGUUCGCUCUCGCCUCGCAAAAACUCUGCUUCCUUCGCCCAGUCGCUCUCCCUGCUCACGUCAGGCACCGCCAGCCUUUCUCUUUCCACCAAUCGCCCACCUCCUCCGCCUCUCCCUCCGCCUCCCCCGCCACAGGCAUCCAAUCAGCAGCCUCCGCCCACGCCAAGCUCCUCCUCCUCCGCCACGCCGGCGCCCUCGGUGCCAACUGCCACGCUCAUCACCACGGCGACCAGCACCACGUCGUCUUCGGUCGCGCCGUCCCCCUCGACCGGGGUCCCCGCCCAGCGCUCGGCGGCCUGCGCCGCACCCCUCCCUCCGCGGUCCAGCCUUGCUGGGCUCAGUCGUCCGGCUCUCCAGCGCAUCGCCAUGGCGCAGUCACGCGCGCUCAUCGCCUCCGGAGUACCAACGGUACCGGUGAAGAACCUCAACGGUUCCAGUCCGGUUCACCCUGCUUUGGCAGGAAUCACUGGCAUUUUAAUGAGUGCUGCAGGACUGCCCGUGUGUCUGACUCGUCCCCCUAAACUAGUGUUACACCCUCCCCCUGUCAGCAAGAGCGACAUCAAACCCAUUCCUGGACUCAGCCACUGCUGUCGCAAGACCACCAAGAAGCAGGCCCGCAAGAGUAAGACGCCAGAGGAUGUGGUGAAGAGGUAUUUGCAGAAGGUCAGAAACCCUCCUGAAGAGGACUGCACUAUCUGUAUGGAGGCCCUGUCUGGACCCUCCGGUUACAAGGGACCGGGAGUAGGGGGCGUGUCGCGGGCGGAGUCCGUGGGCCGCUUGGCACAGUGUGGGCACCAGUACCACCUGCAGUGCCUGGUGGCCAUGUACAAUAACGGGAACAAAGACGGGAGUCUGCAGUGCCCCACCUGUAAGACCAUCUACGGCGUGAAGACUGGGAACCAGCCGCCUGGGAAGAUGGAGUACCACGUCAUCCCGCACUCGCUGCCCGGGCAUCCCGACUGCAAAACCAUCCGCAUCAUCUACAACAUUCCCCCCGGGAUACAGGGACCAGAGCACCCGAACCCUGGGAAACCCUUCACUGCAAGAGGAUUUCCACGUCACUGUUACCUUCCCGACAGCGAGAAAGGCCGCAAGGUGUUGAGACUGUUGUUGGUGGCGUGGGACCGCAGGCUCGUGUUCUCAGUGGGAACGUCCAGCACCACGGGCGAGUCGGACACGGUCAUCUGGAACGAGGUCCACCACAAAACGGAGUUCGGCUCCAACUUGACCGGCCACGGUUACCCGGACCCCGGUUACCUUGACAACGUGUUGGAGGAGCUUAAAGUCCAGGGCAUCACAGAGGAAGACGGACAGCAGCAGUAGCGAGGAGAGGAAAAAAAAAAAGCGGAAGAGCCAAAAGAAAAAAAGAGCGAAACGUUAUGGACUGGACCAGCUUGUAGUAUUGAGGAUCAGAAACAGGGGAAUUGUGUUUUGGAAAGACAUCUGUCUUUUGGUCGCUCACUAAAUCACUAAAACUUUUUUUUUUUUUUUCCUUUCGUUUUUUGCAUUUAAGAGCAUGAGUGGGACUGUAUCAGUUAGACGUCAUAAAGGAAUGAAAGAAAGAGAGAGGGAGAGUUUUGAAGAACCUGGCUUCGCUGAGGCAGACAAAAGAUCGGUGUACCGUCGUAAAAACAGUGGUAUGCUCAGACAGUAGCUACUUUUACUCACAAUAUGUACCUCACCUACAAUAAAGAGCCUAGAGGUGUUUUUAGCCACGUAUGAGCUAACACAGCUGUGAUAACUAGAAGAAAAGCAUUAGAGUGAGAGGAUAAGAUGUUUGGGAAGUUUUAAGAUGGAAGGGACAGAAAGGGCGGAGACAGCGAGAUUAGAAUGGGAGGGGGAGGGGACUCGUGCAGGGAAAUGAAGGGAAUGAGAGGAAAGAGUGAGAGAAAGAUGGACAAAGAAGGUAACAUGACUUAGAAGUUGAUUAACUUAGACUUAGGUGGUGGAGCAGAAGCUGUGUGUUCGUGUGUUCGAGUGUUUGUGUAUGUUCG